AUGAUGUUUGAACGGACAAUGAAGAACGUUUUGGUACGCAUUCUUGGAACUGAGAAGAGGACAUCACAGAAGCAGAAAUGUCCCCCGGGACGUGAACAGGAUAAUCAGGACAACAACAACAUCGAAAGCAACCCGGACGUGGGGAUCCUUGUGUCUGUAGACAGUCAGCGAGAUCUGGCCUCUCUUAGUGUGGACUCUGCAGACGCCGAGCGAGAGUGUGAAGACGCAAUGAACGGAAAUAAAGAUGACAACCCAGUCAAUCUUGGACCGAGCGAAAAGGCGGCGGUGAAGCCAACGGACUUUGAAUUCCUGAAAGUGAUCGGUAAAGGCAGCUUUGGGAAGGUGCUCCUGGCUCGGCACCGGACGGAGAGCGGGGUUUAUGCUGUCAAGGUGCUGCAGAAACAAAAGAUCAUGCAGAGGAAUGAAGCCAAACACAUCAUGGCGGAGAGGAACGUACUUUUGAAGAACGUCAAGCACCCGUUCCUUGUGGGGCUUCACUACAGCUUCCAAACUUCAGACAAGCUCUAUUUUGUUCUGGACUAUGUCAAUGGCGGCGAGCUUUUCUUCCACCUACAACGAGAGCGCCGAUUUCCCGAAUUCCGCGCCAAGUUUUAUGCAGCAGAAAUCGCCAGUGCCUUGGGCUACCUACAUUCCUUGAACAUCAUAUAUCGAGACCUCAAGCCAGAAAAUAUUCUUCUCGAUUCAAAGGGUCAUGUUGUGCUGACCGACUUUGGAUUGUGCAAGGAAGGAAUUGUUGGCCAGGGCACCACGUCGACUUUUUGUGGAACCCCGGAAUAUCUGGCACCAGAAGUUCUGCGGAAGAAGCCUUACGACAAAACUGUGGACUGGUGGUGUUUAGGCUCCGUCUUGUUCGAGAUGUUGCAUGGUUUGCCACCAUUUUAUGACUCGGUUCAGUCAAAAAUGUAUGACAACAUCCUCCAUAAAUCACUUCGAGUGCGUGACGAAAUGGUUUCUUCUGCAGGGAGAUCACUGCUAGAAGGGCUUUUACAGAAGAAAAAAGAAAACCGCCUGGGUGCGAAAGAAGACUUUACAGACAUCAAGAACCAUAUCUUUUUCCGUGAGAUUAACUGGCAAGACCUGUACGACAAAAAAAUCAUGCCCCCAUACAAUCCUAACGUGAGUGGACACCUUGACUUGAAACACUUCUCUCCCGAGUUUGUCCAUGAACCGGUGCCAGCGUCCGUGGGCAAGUCGGGUGGCUGCGCAAGUAAACUUGUCAGCGCCAGCGUCAUGGAGGCUGACAGAGUGUUUGAGGGGUUCUCGUACAUGCCUUCAAACGAUGAGGCUUUUGAAUCCCGCUACCACCAGUCGUAG